CCCAAAUCACAAACUGCAAAGUUCACCUUUAACAGGACGACCCGAGGCUGUGGUCCCAUUGAAUUCAGACUAGCUAGCAAGUGCAACAUGAGUGCCUUGAGUUACCUACACCACCCACCAACAGUGCCUCGUCAGUACGUUACCAUCAAUGAUCUCAUAAAGAAAAACGCAGCUUUAGUACCAAAUACCGAGGCCUUUGUCUACCGGCCGGUCCAUGGCCCACGACAGAGCAUCACCUACGCGGACCUGUACGAUAGAGCAAGAGGAGUGGCACAGUUUCUGCUAGCCUCGGGGGUACAGCGACAGGACAGGGUCGGAUUGUUUGGUCCUAACACGUUGUCCAGAGUUGUGGCGGAAUUCGGUAUCCUUUUGUCUGGGGCUGUUGUCCUUCAACUCAACAUUGAAUUCAAAAAUGCCAGUGAUGCAGUCGACAUUUUAGACAAGAGUGAUUGUCACGUGCUAUUUACGGAUCCAGGUAUCAACGAUAGUUUACUUCCCAUUGUUGAAUCACUGGAAACCGCUGAUGAAAAUGUUCAACAGCGUCGGAAGUACAUAUUUUUGCGGGAAAGCAAUUCCUCCAAACUUGUCUUUACAGUCAUCGAUGACAUCCCAAAACAAGCUGAUGUUCGCACUGUCUUACCGGAGGUGUACCCAGAAGACGACGCUUUGGUGUUCACUACUUCCGGUAGUACAGGGAAGCCAAAAAUGGCAGUGCAUGGUCACUUUUCUUUGACAUCUGCAUUGGGUGCAAGGAAAGUAAAUACUUGCCAAAGAAGUAUUUUAUAUAACGAUCGUCCCUUCUGCUGGAUCGGUGGAACGGUGAUGAUGGCAAGUUUGCUCGGAAAUACACAUAUCUUCACUGACUCAACACUUGGAACAACAGGUAGGGGAAUCAAGAAGAUCUGGACUAUUUUAAAGGAAGAGAGUGUCACGUAUGCAUUCAUAUUGCCAUACUGUAUUCGCGAUUUGAUUACCGAGAAGGACAGUAUUCCUGAUGAUGGAUACAGGUUGGAAAGAAUAACAACAAGCGGCCAGAUCAUUGAUAACUUCUUCACUCAGGUGGUCGGCAGAUUCUGUAAAAAACUCAUUAUCGGAUACGGCUCGUCUGAAGCUGGUGGUAUGGCGUUUUCGGAAUUAAACGAGGGUGAUGUUCUUGAGACGGGAAGAGUAGGUCCUCCGGUCCCAGGAGUAGAAGUUAGAAUUGUGGAUGAAGAUGGAUGCCCCGUCACAACUGGACAGCAGGGAAAUAUUCAGGUUAGGAGUACCUUCCUUAUGAAGCGGUAUCACGCAGAUACAACUAUGACGGAUGCCGUAUUUACUUCUGACAGACCACCCUGGUUAAAAACAGGAGAUGUCGGAUUACUGACGUCAUCGGGAGAUAUCAUCGUACGGGGAAGAAUGACGGAAAAUAUUUCCCGUGGGGGCCGGAAGAUACUUCCAAAUGCUGUGGAUGAUGUUCUUAAGAAAGUGGUUGGUAUAAAUCAAGUGGCUACUGUGGCUGUACCAGAUACCCGGAUGUAUGAAGAAGCGUGUGUCUGCUAUGUGGCAUCUGACCUGACUCCUAAACACGUGCAAAGUUACUGUGAAAAUCACUACGUCGACAAAGACUCGUUAGAUGGCAUGGGAUAUAUGCCUAAAUAUUUCCUCAGGUUUGAUGAAUUCCCGUUUUUACACACAGGCAAGACCGACAAAGUCAAACUGAAAAAUGAAGCUGCACGACGUCUGAAGCUCGUUGAACAGUAGAGGUCGUCUUUGGAAACUACAUACAAUAGAUAAUCGGAAGAUUAGAUAAAUUUGAACGACUGUACAAUGGAAACUCUUUACUCGUGUAAACAGGUGCUGAUGUAGCAGGAACCGACAGAUUCGGCAAAAACAUACACCUGCUGUAUCUCAUUGCAUGUUGUAAAAGGCGAUUAUUGUGGGGGCCCGGGAAGAGGAUGAGGGGGUGGGGGGUCCUUCUGUGUCUUCUUCAAAGGAGACAAUGAUGAAGUCGAAAUUCAAGAAUUAUCUGGUAGCCCCGUUGCAAACUUUUGGAAGCUUUAUAUUGCUUAGGAUUUUUGGGUUUCUCGUAAAAUCUUAUACUUUUGGCCUUAGUGUUGAACGAUCGCCCAAGUGGGGUAGGCUGUGUGAUCUGUCCCCAACCCGGGACUUACAAUAUAUAUAUAAUGAUUUAUCCAGUUUUUCCAGUAAACAUACAUUUCAGUAUACCAUAUUUGAUAGGAUACUUGUAUACUGUGUAUUGUGUAAAAAAAAAAUAUUGUGCCCUUUCAUUAUGAUUUCACUGUAUCGGAAACUUACGAUGUUGGUGUAUUUCAGUGUAAAAUGCUGUCUCCUAUGAUAUAAUGUCAUUUUGUCGUACUGCACGAUUAAUGAGUUAUCACGUAUGCCACUGUACAAUAUGCAUCUUAUUGCAUUGGACUAUUAUCGUAAACAUGUAUCAUUGUAAAUUUGUAAUAUACUGUACAAUUUGUAUGUCUACUCCGAUGUGUCUUACACAAGGAAUCAAACAAUCUGAAUCUGACAUACCAAUGUUCUUAAAAAUGGGAGUUGUUAUUUCCUGCUUAACGUUAACUGACAACUGGUGAACCAGUUGUUGCCAAAAUCCUAAAUGCUUAACGUUAAGCAGUGAAUAACAACUACCUUUUUAAGAAUGUUUGGUAUGUCCCGACAUUAACACGGCAGCAAAUAUUUUCGCGUAGAAGAGUUCCAACUCAGAUUUGUUUUUGGCCGUCUCCCUUUUAUUUAAAGCAACACAAAAUGAACUCAAUGGCACGAAGACAUUUUCCUUGCUAUUGUAUUAUAAAGUUCUUUAGUAACAACACCGGUAAAAUGAGUUGAUCGGGUGCAUCUCUUGAGUGCCAAUGUUUUUAAUUUCCCUGUGCGGCAGUAUUUUUAGGGAAUAUAUUACCUGUUGGUAUUCUGAUAUAGUUAUAACCGAUACGUUUUUUGUACUUUUUUGUCAGUUAGUUGUUUUGCGAUAUUAAUUAUGAUAUUGAUUUAGCUGACAUCGUAAUUGUUCAUAAAUUGUAUUCCAUACAAUACUAUAUAUACUAUGCAGCAAUAUGGGUUAUUCGUAUUUCCCCACUUCACUUAGUUAGUAUCCAAAGUAUUCAAUUACAAAGAAAGAAGUCAUCAGUUUGUAACUUCUAAUUUUUGAAAUUCAUAAAUUUAAGGGUUUUACGCACCUGCCCAUCUGUUUCAACAGGUGGUUACACAAUUUGGAUUUCAAACUUUUGGGCUCCUAGCAUCACCGAUGAGUCCCAGAGGGACAAAACAUCUGGCGUACUGUACAGUUGGGAGCAAACUUAACUUCCUUUUAUAAGCAGUCAUUUCUACCUUAUGUUAUAGACCAAUGGAAUAGUCUUCCACAAAAUGUGCAAUCAAUUCCGUCUACAUCUGCUUUAAAAUCUGAUCUUAGUUUAAACAAUAGUUUCUUUCAUCACUUGCACACUACAUUACAAUACAGUACAGUACUCUAGUAUAGUUGCAGCAAUUUACAUGGACAUUUAAACACAUCAUUGAUGAGACGGACAAAACAUCAUUUAAAUAAUGAAAAAAUAGUAGUUAUACAUUAUUUGAUUCGUAGUAAAAGACAUUGACAACGAGUUGUUACUUAGUAAAGAAUAAAAAGAAAAUUGAUUGAUAAAGAUUCCUAGGGAAUCACAUAGAAAUAGUUACCUCGGUGGUGUAAAGGAAAACUAAUUUAGAUAUGCAAUAGCCAUUAAAAUUUGCUGCUGUUGACGAUAAAGUUCUGCACGGAAAUGAAUAUUUCUGCAUUUUCCCUAUCAUUUAGUGGGGAAUCACGCCAUAAAAGAACAUCUACAUUGUCGUGAAUAUUGUAUUUUAAGAUUAUAUCAGAUAAGUACUGCUGUCUGUUACGAGAAUAACUAACACAAGUAAAUAAAAAAUGAAAGUUGUCCUCUAUCAGAAAGCCACAAACACAACAAGCUGAGUCAGAAAGGUUUUUGUUGAAUAAAUGUUGGUUUAAUGAGCUACAUUUAAGUCGGAGUCUAGCAUGAAGUAUUUGACCUUUGCGAUUACCAGUAUCAAAAUAGUUUGGUGCAUGUCUGAUACUGUUAUUAUCAAGAUGUGUUUUUAGUACCUUAACUGAUGAAAAUUCUCUAAUAUUUAGCGGUAGUUCAUUCCAGAGGCGAAUUGAAGAAGGUAAAAAAGAAUCAUUACAUAAGUGUGUUCGUGUUUGUAUAGUCUGAUGUAGGUCGGAUCUUCUUGUAUUAUAUGUAUGAUUGUCGGAAAUUCAUGAAGGGACUAGAGAAGAUAGAUAGUUCGGCGAUAUUUUGUUGACCAUUUUAUGAUACUGUAUUAAUUUGUGUUUUUUACGACGAUCUGCUAGUUUUUCCCAUUUGGUGUCUCUAUAUAGAAGUUCUAUAUUAGAUAAUUUGGUACUCCCUGUAACGAUUCUGGCUGCCUCUAGUUGCACACUUUCUAAUUUCUCACUUAGAUAAUUUGGUAUAUUGUCCCAGACUAUGUCAGCGUAUUCCAGAAUUGGUCUAACAAAUGAUAAAUACAUUAUUUGUAAAGAAUUUCUAUCAAGUUUGAAUUUCAAUUUUUUUAAUACAUUUAGACGUUUUGAAGCAGAUUCUAUCAUAUGAUUUAUAUGAACAUGCCAUGAAAGAUUUGACGAAAACAAAACACCAAGAUGUUUGUGACUAGACACUUCAGAAAUAACACUAGUAUUUAAGUAAAGAUCACCAUGGUCAGGUUUCAAAACUUUACGACUAAUAAGUAAACUUUCGGUUUUGUUUGGAUUAAAAGUUACCAGCCAUUUAUCAGCCCAUUCUUGAAUAGUAUUAAAAUUAUUAUUUAACAUAUUUCUAGCCACCUUGGGAUCGCCCACUAUUAUGUAAAGAGAUUAUCGUCUGGCAAAAAGUUUAACUUUACAUCUAAGAUUAACAAUAAUAUCGUUUAUGUAAACAACAAAUAAUAUUUGCCCAAGUAUUGAUCCCUGCGGAACACCUGCCGUAAUAUUUUUGAGAUCUGAAAACUUCCCGAAAACUUGCUUUCUGUUGUCCAGAUAACUUUCAAACCAUUUGAUAAUUUUAUCCGAUAAACCCGCUAAUUUCAGCUUGUAUAUCAACCCUUCAUGCCAAACUCUGUCGAACGCUUUAUCUUGACAAGCAACAUUCUAAGAAAACGCCUAUCUAACGUUGGUACCCGCAAGGGCCAAAUAGAUCACGCACGACUACGAAUGGAGUGUAGCUCCUUAAAUGGUCAUUAUCUCCAUUAUGCAUGUGCGAUGAAGUCGAAGACAAUAAACAUUUAUUAUUGGAAUGUAACAGGUACGAUCAAAUAAGAAGACCCUACCUACAAUGUUUGCCCCAUAAUAUUACUUUAUAACUGAAUAAUAUGACGUGAACUUGUACGAUAUAUAUCUCACCCCAACCACCUUACUCUAAGGAAGUUUAAACUAUUGGUAUUUCCAUUAAUUAUUGGUAUAUAUAUAUAUGCGUGUGUUGUGUGUAUGAAUGGUGUUAUGACGUACUGAAUAUAUUAGUUGCUGUUUAAUAUACUUGGUGAUAGGUUACAUAGGUGUCUGUGACACUUGUUCCUACGUCCCUUUGUCUUCUCUGUUCAUUGUAAUAACAUGCUUGAACUGAAAUAAUAAAAGAAAGUUUGAACUAAACUUAAAUUGGUAGUCUAGUGCACUAGAGUUAACAAGAAAAGUGAACUCCAGUUCAGUAGCUUGGGCACUCGAAUGAACACUGAAGUGAACUGGAGUUCACAUCGAUGUGCACUGGAGUUAACUACAGUUCACAAGGUAAUUUUCUGUAUCAUAUUAUGUCUGACCUUUUCAUCAGUUUUCUCCCCUCCCGUCUGCUUGACAAAUCAAUAAAUCUUUGAAUAUUAUAUAUUACCUAUCUUUCCCAAAAAUGUUACAGGUACAGUUACAUGUACAUGUGGGUGUAUUACGUUCAUCUACCAUGUGGAAUGGUAAUACAAUAUCAUAUUGGUGUAGGUAAGACCUUUAAUUCAGGAGCUAAUCAUUGUUUUCAUCUUUUUGUGAUCACAU